AUUGGUCGCUGGCUGGCCCAGCUCCGGGCGUGCGUAAGGCGAGGGUUCCUUCCGCUCCCCGUUGACUGGAGACAGGCGUAGAGCCGACGCUCAGGUUGGGUGCCCUCUAAUGAGAUCCGGAGGAUCCAAGGAUUCUGUAACUGCAAUGUUGUCAAGACUUUUCCGAAUGCAUGGCCUCUUUGUGGCCUCCCAUCCGUGGGAAGUCAUAGUGGGGACAGUGACCCUGACCAUCUGUAUGAUGUCCAUGAACAUGUUCACUGGUAACGAUAAGAUCUGUGGUUGGAAUUAUGAGUGUCCCAAGUUUGAAGAGGAUGUUUUGAGCAGUGACAUUAUAAUUCUGACAAUAACACGAUGCAUAGCAAUCCUAUAUAUUUACUUCCAGUUUCAGAAUCUACGUCAACUUGGAUCAAAAUAUAUUUUGGGUAUUGCUGGUCUCUUCACGAUUUUCUCAAGCUUUGUAUUCAGUACUGUUGUCAUUCACUUCUUAGACAAAGAAUUGACAGGCUUGAAUGAAGCUUUGCCCUUUUUCCUACUUCUGAUUGACCUUUCCAGAGCAAGUGCAUUAGCAAAGUUUGCCCUCAGUUCUAACUCACAGGAUGAAGUAAGAGAAAAUAUUGCCCGUGGAAUGGCAAUUUUAGGUCCCACGUUCACCCUUGAUGCUCUUGUUGAAUGUCUUGUGAUUGGAGUUGGUACCAUGUCAGGGGUGCGUCAGCUUGAAAUUAUGUGCUGCUUUGGCUGCAUGUCAGUUCUUGCCAACUACUUCGUGUUCAUGACUUUCUUCCCAGCUUGCGUGUCCUUGGUAUUAGAGCUUUCUCGGGAAAGCCGCGAAGGUCGUCCAAUUUGGCAGCUCAGCCAUUUUGCCCGAGUUUUAGAAGAAGAAGAAAAUAAACCAAAUCCUGUAACACAGAGGGUCAAGAUGAUUAUGUCACUAGGCUUGGUUCUUGUUCAUGCUCACAGUCGCUGGAUAGCCGAUCCUUCUCCUCAAAACAGUACAGCAGAAAAUCCUAAGGUUUCCUUAGGACUGGAUGAAAAUGUGUCCAAGAGAAUUGAACCAAGUGUUUCCCUCUGGCAAUUUUAUCUGUCUAAAAUGAUCAGCAUGGAUAUCGAACAGGUUAUUACCCUAAGUUUAGCUCUCCUGCUGGCUGUCAAGUACAUUUUUUUUGAACAAGCGGAGACAGAAUCUACACUUUCAUUAAAAAACCCUAUCACAUCUCCUGUAGUGACCCAAAAGAUAGUCCCAGAUAAUUGCUGUAGACGUGAACCUGUGUUGGUUAGAAAUAACCAGAAAUGCCAGUCAGCAGAAGAGACAGGGGCAAACCAAGGAAAAAAAGCUGAGGUUAUAAAACCGUUAGUGGCUGAAAAUGACAACUCAAAUAGAGCUAUAUUUGCAAUUGGUAAUGCUGCCUUACCAGAUGCUUCUUCAGAGCUGGCAAUACAGGAACCUGAAACUGAACUUCCCAAGGAGCCUCGACCUAAUGAUGAAUGUAUACAGAUACUUGGGAAUCCAGAGAAAGGUGCAAAAUUUCUUAGUGAUGCUGAGAUCAUCCAGUUAGUCAAUGCUAAGCACAUCCCAGCUUACAAAUUGGAAACCCUGAUGGAAACCCAUGAACGAGGUGUAUCAAUUCGCCGACAGUUACUUUCCAGAAAGCUUUCAGAACCUUCUUCUCUUCAGUACCUACCUUAUAGGGACUAUAAUUACUCCCUGGUGAUGGGAGCUUGUUGUGAGAAUGUUAUUGGAUAUAUGCCUAUCCCUGUUGGAGUGGCAGGACCUCUGUGCUUGGAUGGUAAAGAAUUUCAGGUGCCAAUGGCAACAACAGAAGGUUGUCUAGUGGCCAGCACUAAUAGAGGCUGCAGAGCAAUCGGUCUUGGAGGAGGUGCCAGCAGCCGAGUCCUUGCGGAUGGGAUGACUCGUGGCCCUGUGGUACGUCUUCCGCGUGCUUGUGACUCUGCAGAAGUGAAAGCCUGGCUUGAAACACCGGAAGGGUUCACAGUGAUAAAGGAGGCAUUUGACAGCACCAGCAGAUUUGCACGUCUACAGAAACUUCAUAUGAGUAUAGCUGGGCGUAACCUUUAUAUCCGUUUCCAGUCCAGGUCAGGAGAUGCAAUGGGGAUGAACAUGAUUUCAAAGGGUACAGAGAAAGCCCUUUCAAAACUUCAUGAGUAUUUCCCUGAAAUGCAGAUUCUAGCAGUUAGUGGUAACUAUUGUACUGACAAGAAACCCGCUGCUAUAAAUUGGAUUGAAGGAAGAGGAAAGUCUGUUGUUUGUGAAGCUGUCAUUCCAGCCAAGGUUGUCAGAGAAAUAUUAAAGACUACUACAGAAGCUAUGAUUGAGGUAAACGUUAAUAAAAAUCUGGUGGGCUCUGCCAUGGCCGGGAGCAUCGGCGGCUACAAUGCCCAUGCGGCCAACAUUGUCACUGCUAUCUACAUUGCCUGUGGACAGGAUGCAGCACAGAAUGUUGGUAGUUCAAACUGCAUUACUCUGAUGGAAGCAACUGGUCCCACAAAUGAAGAUUUAUAUAUCAGUUGUACCAUGCCCUCUAUAGAAAUAGGAACUGUGGGUGGUGGGACCAACCUACUACCUCAGCAAGCCUGUUUGCAGAUGCUAGGUGUUCAAGGAGCAUGCAAAGACAAUCCUGGGGAAAAUGCUCGGCAACUUGCCCGAAUUGUGUGUGGUACAGUGUUGGCUGGAGAAUUGUCACUGAUGGCAGCGUUGGCAGCAGGACAUCUAGUCAAAAGUCACAUGAUUCACAACAGGUCAAAGAUAAAUCUACAAGACCUCCAAGGAACUUGCACCAAGAAGACAGUUUGAGCAGCCUGACAAUUCUGAACUGAAACAUGGGCAUUGUGUUCUAAAGGACUAACAUAAAAUCUGUGAAUUAAAAAGCUCAAUGCAGUGUCCUGUUGAGGAUGAAUAGACAUGAUCAGUGUGACGACUGCUUGGUUUUUGGCUCUUUCAGAGAGGUUUGAGGUUUUCCAUGCAGAUUCCUCAGAUCUGAAAACAGUUUAGUACUUUAUACACAGUGCUCUUUGGAAAGAUUUCAACAUCAAUGGUAAUCUACAGACUGCUUCUGAAAGCAAAUACAAGCUGGAAAAAGUGUUUUCUUUUGAGAUAUUUAUGAAGUUCAUGGUGAUCAAUGUAAGAUUGUUCUCCUCCCCCACCCCUGCCAGUUGAAAUAGAUUUUUAAAUUAUACUGUAGCUGAUAAAAUUCCUGAUUUUAUAGUUAAUUUAUUAAGUCUGGGUUGUUGAACUUUAAGAAAUAAGAGCUAGGCCUAUUUUUUGUAAAUUAAUACUUCAUUUGGUGCUGGUCUGUUUUGAUUUGGGGGGUAACCAACAUUCUUCAGAAGAGGACCUGCUUUCUUCAAAGGAAGAAUGAUUUCCAAACUACAGAAUAAUGUACUAAGCAGUGUUUAAUAGUUCUUCAUCGAGAAAGGAAAUCGUAGCCAUAUGCGGUGGCUCACACCUGUAAUCCUAGCACUUGGGGAGGUUGAGGUGGGAGGAUCACUUGAGGCCAGGAGCUCAAGCCAGUCUGAGCCUGAGCAAAAAACAGAAAAAUUAGGCAUUGUGGUGCACACCUAUAGUCCCAGCUACUUGGGAGGCUGAGGCAGGAGGAUCACUUGAGCCCAGGACUUUGAGGUUGCUGUGAGCUAUGAAUGUGCCCCUGCACUCUAGCCCAUCUCAAAAGAAAAAAAGAAAAACCCUUGCCCAAGUCUAAAUGUUUGACUAGACUGGCUGUACCACAUCUUUCAGCAUGUUUUAUUGUUAGGUUUGAAGAAACACAGAGUUUUGGGCUCUUGUCUAUUGCUUAGGUGAGGGUGACUCUCAAAUACAAGCAAGUCUAUGACCUCUCUCAGAACUCAGUGUUGAGACACAGUUUUGACAGAAAAAUACCAUUUCUCUUAGCCAACUUUAAUUUUUUAAUGAUGUUUUAAUUUAUUUAGCUGAAAAAAAAAACUAGUUUUUUUUGGUAAACAACUGUAUCAAAUCUGUAUAUGUUGUAAUAAAGCUUCUUAUGCUAGAUUAUUGAAAAUGUUCAGGAAAUAAAGAAAAAUCAACUUGUAUACUGAUAAACCUCUAGCUUGGGCCAGAGAAGAUACUGCUCUUUAAUGCUAUCCAGGAAAGCCUGGCUUGCUUGCCGAGCCUAAUGAAAGGGAAAGUCAGCUUGCAGAGCCAGUGAAGGAGCCACGUGAAUGGCCGUGGGGCUGUGUGCCUUGUUCCUGUGGCCAGGAGGUUGGUGGCUGAAAUACCACACAGGGCUCUUUGAUGGACCCAUAAAAGCUCUUAGCUUCCUCAGGGGUCAGCACAGUUGUUGAAUCUCAAUUUUUUUAAAUGUACAAGUUUUAUAUAAAUAAUAAAGAACUCCCUAUUUUGUGUUACAUCUACUGCUUCAAGUGUUGGUCUUAGAAAUCUGAUGUCUCACGUAGAAGAUGGACUCUGGAGAAACAUUCCAGUAAAGCUGUGGCAGCCUGGAGAGCCUCUUAGUGAUUGUGUCUGCCGUACGAUUGUAGAAUAUAUACCUUUUCUGUUGUACACUGUUGUUGCUUUUGUUGUAACUUUUCAGCCAGAGUUAUUUAUCUGAGCUUUUCAUGGAAGUUGCAGUGAAAAGUAUGUUGAAUGUUCACUUCUGUGACUGAAACCAAUACCAUCUUGCUAAAUUAAUGUUUUGUACAAUUAACUAAUUGUAUACAUUUUGUCAUAGACUACCUUUUCUAGUUUUCAGUAAAUUAUGAAAAGGAAGUUAAUACCA